AUGGAAUUCAGUGUACCAUCUAAUUACUUUCGUGAUAUGUUUACGGAAGAUUGGAAUAUUUCUAUAACAGCAUUUGCAAAAGUUUCACAUACAAAUGAACGAUUUUACACUCAACAAUUUUUACGAAACGAUUCGAUAGCUUCUAGUACUAAUGAAGAACAGUUUCAAAUUUCGAUAGCAAAUUCAUUCAAUAAAUUGCUCACAGGUUGUGAAAUUAGGAUUGAUGGUACCGGAUUAAGAUUUCACAAUUCACCAAUAUCAUGUGGUAUUUCAAUGUAUUCAAUCUAUCCACGUUCAAGUUCAGUGAUCAAAAUAACUUGCAUGAUUGCUUAUCAGGAGAAUGAUAUGAUUGUUGAUAGAGCAAGGUCAAUUGAGGCUCAUAAUACUUUAACAAUUACAACGAGUGCAGUAAAAAGGACAAAUUUAAUUGAAAGGAAAAUUGUUGCUGUAUUUAAUUGUGAUCAAAUAAAAAAUGUCCGUACCUAUUUUAUUGUUAAUUAG